AUAGUUGCGUGUCUUUCAUAUUAUAUUCGCGCUCCAACAUGACUCACGCCAAGCUUGCCAGUGGAUCGCUAGGAAGCGUUUUAAACGGUACAGGAAUUAGUUUGUGUUUUGUGACUGCAAAAGUAGAAAAAAUACAAUGCCAAAGAAACGCCCGUUAUGUAGGAAAAUAGGUAAUCAUACCGAAGAAGAUAUGAAAAAAGCUCUUCAAGAUGUCAAAUCAGGGAAAAAAUACUUGCUGUUGCUAGAGAACAGAAAAUUCCAUUUUCGACGUUACAACAUUAUGCAGCCAAAGUUAAAGCAUCACAAGUCCACAACCACAAGUCCUGAAAAUGUGAGACUUGUACCAGAGUUAACAGAGUUUUCACGGAUGAGCAAGAACAAGCAUUAAAGGAGUAUUAUCAAAAUUGCGCUCUUAUGUUCUCAAAUCGAUAUCCGUUAGUUGGUAUUUGGAAAGGUUUUUAUUUAAUUUUAUGUUUUGCUGAUAAUAAUGUUAUUACAAAAAUCUCAAUUGCGAUUUAUAGGUUAGGUAAAAAACGAAAGUGCUUUUAAAUUGUUAAGUGGCUAAAGUAAAAAUUCUAGAAGCUAAGAAUCAUUUGUUUUGUUUAAAAAGAAUCAUUUGUUUUGUUUAAAAUUUAUAAUGUGGUUUUAUGUUGGUUAUAUUUGAAUGAAUGAAUAUUAUUAUUAUAUUUGUUUAUAAAGAAGAAGAACUUCAUUUACUUUGACAUUUUACAUAUGAAGACUUUUGGUUGACUAGUUAAGAAUACUACAUUUAAAAAAAUCUGUUUGUCAUAAUAUUAAAGGAUUAAUAAUAUGUUAAACAAAGUCUAAAUACAGUUUUUAUACAUAGAUAAAAAUAUUACCUUUUAUUUUAGGUUAAACACCCAACUGACCCACUGUGACCUGAAAACUGACUCACUGUAUACACUAUAUAGGACACAGUGGAUCAAAAGCCAUUUUUUAAAAAAAAAUAUAUUUUUCAAAAACUAUUAAAUAUAAUACAUAUAUUUGUAUACCGAAACGCAGCCAAUUAGUCUACCUUUCUUCCACUAAAGUUUGACAUCGAUAGCUUUUAUGGUUUUUGAGUUAUAUGACUCGGAAAAAAGGGUGACCCACUGUUCCCACAAUCACCCUACACUCUAAACUCAAUCUUAUUAAUCGUAUGUAGAAAUCAUUUUGGUUUGCACAAAAAUGUUUCUACGCCAUUUACUCUCAAUACAAUUUCAGUAAGAAGUAUUGCGUGAAAUUAAAUAAUGCGCCUUAAUAGUGUUGGAGCAGAGUCCAUUUCUGUUUAAUAACCGCAAACGGGCAGUUUGGACCUGUGCAGGGCUGAGGUGCUAAGGCUAUAUGAUUUUAAGGAAGCGCUUUUUAUAUUAAAACCGUAGUUUUUAUGUUUCCUGGAAAUUUAGUGACGAACAUACAGUGAAAUUCUAUUGCAUUAAUUAUUUACAUUGAAGGAUAUUCGGAAAUACAAAGAUGUCAGUUCUCCUACACCAAAUUCUCGUCACCAUACUGUCAAUAAGCCUGGUGAUGGGAGUCCCUCAGAAGCCAAACCUGGACGCUAUCUUGAAUCGUCGGACCGAUGUCUACAUCGCCGGUUUCUUCCCCUUCGGAAAAGGAGUCGAGAAUUCCAACACUGGUCGAGGCGUCAUGCCGAGCGUGAAACUAGCGCUGGACCACGUCAACGAGCAUGACUCCGUGCUGAGGAACUACCGGCUGCACAUGUGGUGGAACGAUACAGAGUGCAACGCAGCAGUGGGAGUGAAGUCGUUCUUCGAUAUGAUGCACAGCGGACCCCACAAGCUUAUGCUGUUCGGAGCGGCGUGCACCCACGUCACUGACCCCAUUGCCAAGGCGUCCAAACACUGGCAUCUGACGCAGCUAUCCUAUGCUGAUACACAUCCCAUGUUCACGAAAGAAGCGUUUCCAAAUUUCUUUCGCAUCGUGCCGUCAGAGAACGCUUUCAACAUGCCUCGCAUCAGAUUGUUGGAGCAUUUCAACUGGACCAGAGUUGGCACGAUUUAUCAGAACGAACCUAGAUAUGCUUUGGCCCACAAUCGUCUUCUAGCAGAUUUGGACUCAGCUAACUUUCUAGUAGAUGAGUCUCAGAGCUUCGCAACAGAAGUCAAGACGGCGCUAUCAAAGCUGAAAGAAAAAGACAUCAGGAUCAUAUUGGGCAACUUCAAUGAAACCUGGGCAUUGAAGAUAUUUUGCGAAGCGUACAAGCUGGAGAUGUACGGGCGUGCCUACACCUGGCUCCUGCUGGGCACGUACAGCAGCAAGUGGUGGACCCGGCGGGCGCCGUGCUCUAGAAGGGAGCUCAGUGCUGCCCUCGACACCACCAUCCUCACUGACCUGCUGCCGCUCUCUACCACCGGCGAGACCACUGUCUCGGGUAUUACUGCAAAAGAUUACCAAGUGGAGUAUGAUCGAAGAAGAGGGCUGGAAUAUUCUAGAUUUCAUGGGUAUACAUAUGACGGUAUUUGGGCGAUGGCUCUUGCUAUCCAGACAGUGGCACAUCGAGUGAAGUUAAAGUACAAAGAGAAGACGGUCCAGGAUUUUCGCUACCGGGACAAGGAGUGGGAGCAGCUGUUCCUGGACGCCUUGAGCAACGUCACCUUUGAGGGAGUUACUGGUCCCGUACGUUUCUACGACAAUGAGCGCAAAGCGUCAAUCCUCCUCAAGCAGUUCCAGGGAGAACAGGUCGGGGAGGUGAAGGUCGGAGAGUAUUGUGCGGAGAGGGAUCGGCUUGAUCUUGGCAGCGGUGACCCCUUCAAGUGGGUAGGGAAGAACCCGCCAAAAGACCGCACUCUCCACCUGAUAGAGCACACGCAGGUCAACAUCACGCUGUACGCCGUGGUGGUGUUCUGCUCCGUGCUCGGCAUCCUACUCGCGACCGGCUUCCUGGCCAUGAACAUACACUACAGGAAUCAGAGGUAUAUAAAAAUGUCCUCUCCCCAUCUGAACAAUCUGAUCAUCGUGGGAUGUAUGCUCACCUACCUCAGCGUGAUCUUUCUCGGCCUCGACUCUAGCCUCAGUAGCAUCGCGGCGUUUCCAUACAUCUGUACGGCUCGCGCUUGGCUAUUGAUGGCUGGGUUCAGCCUCGCCUUUGGCGCGAUGUUCUCUAAGACCUGGAGAGUUCACUCUAUCUUCACAGAUGUUAAACUCAAUAAGAAGGUGAUAAAAGAUUACCAGUUGUUUAUGGUGGUAGGUGUACUGUUGUGCAUCGAUCUGAUCAUCAUGACCACGUGGCAGAUAUCCGACCCAUUUUACAGGGCGACCAAACAAAUGGAGGCAUAUCCUCAUCCAACAAGUGAAGACAUAGUCAUCGUCCAAGAAAACGAAUAUUGUCAAUCAGAGCGAAUGCCCAUAUUUAUUGGGGCCAUAUACGCUUACAAAGGACUCCUUCUGGUAUUUGGAGCAUUCUUGGCAUGGGAGACACGUCAUGUGUCAAUUCCGGCUCUGAACGACUCAAAGCACAUCGGCUUGUCCGUAUACAAUGUACUCAUCAUGUGCAUUAUGGGUGCUCCUUGCGCAUUGGUUCUCGCUGACCACAAGGAUGUAUUAUUCGUGUUGAUCGCUAUCUUCAUUAUUUUCUGCACAACUGCUACACUGUGUUUGGUUUUCGUUCCGAAGCUGUUAGAACUGCGCCGCAACGGCUCUGGUGGCACGGGCGGGUCGCGCAUCCGUGCCACGCUGCGCCCCGCCGCGCCGCACGAGUGCCGCGACCCGGGGCCCGAGCUGGAGCGGCGCAUGAAGGAGCUGCGCCAGUACAACAACCGCUACCGGCGCACGCUGCAGGCCAAGGAGAAUGAGCUGCAGAUGCUGUUAAGCAAACUGGGAAGUGAUGUGAGUUCAGAGUCUUCGGUGCGAGAUUCCAAGUCACCAGCGACGCAACGGACGCGAUUGCCCGUGCCGAGAGAAAACGUCAGUCAUCCAGAGACGAGUGAUAUCACUUCGGUGUGCAGCCUCAGCGCAUCCGCUGGCGCCGAAACUGAAUACAUCGGCUUACAGAACCAGUACCCUAAUGACAAACCAAAGCCGAGUGCACCGCCGGAGCCCAUAAAAGAGACGUUGAAAGAACCUACGAGUAAAAAGGAGCAAACCAAAAAUGUCUCUUUCAAAAAUCACCUGGACUACACAAGUCCACCUUCUUCUAAGGCUGUGCCGGAGAAGGAUCAGCUCGCCAAGCUGCCGUAUGGAUGGUCUUCUGAAGAACCUCCAGAGCCUCCAAAGACAAAGAUAGAGCCAGCCAAAGCAGAAGCUAAAACCAUUCCAGCAUUAAAAACAAGUGACACUCCCACUGCAAAGUCAGUGCCAGCUAAAGUUCAGGAGCCAAUGUACACGAAAGCGGCAACGCCUAAAGUCAACAAGACACCGGAAAUGCAGAAGAAGCAGACAAAAGCACCCGACACGAAGCCCCCGUACAAGACAGCGCCGCGCGGCCACCGGCGCAUGUCCAGCGUCAGCGCCGGAGUGCUGCUCGCCGAGCUGAUGCAGGCGCCAGUGGAAGAGAUGGAGCCCGCAGCAGUGCCGCCCAUGACUGAGAGGAAGGUUAUAGGACAAGAACGGGACCCACCCAUUCCACCGAAGCCAAAGCAAGAGUCGGAGGAUAUUCUGGACGUAGACCACGACUACUCAUCCGCAGAACGGAAGAAAGCUUGUCAAAGAAGAGAUUCAGAAAAGAGGAAAAAGGAAAACUUCAUAGUCGUCCAAAGCGAUCUUUGGGACACCAACACCUUCCAAUACACUUGCCAGAAAUCACCACCAAGUCACGCUCACUCGCCUAUGCAGAGGAGUGUUUCUGAGAAAAGUCGCCAGCAAUCAUCAUCAUCGCCUCAUCACCAAAGAGAAGCUGACAGAAAUUCAGACAGAAGAGCAUCUAACAGCUCCAUUAACCACGCUGGUGCAGUGCGAGUGGGAACUCCUGAAGGCUACCGCGAGGCGGAUACCCUUCGAAUGACUGAUCGAAUUGCUAAACGUCGAGGGUCAGAGUUUCCGCAGCCCGUCAGCACACCUCCUCAUCAGAUACAAACGAAGAGAAGACAGUCUUCGGCUCAGAUGAGAUCAUAUCAAGAAGAAAUGGAAGACAAAGCCGAAUUAGCACAACGAAGACUCGAAGAGUUAUCAAAGAAACUUGUACAAGAGAAACCUUUGCAAGAAUCCAAAGAAAGCAUAGACAGGAAACCCGAACCAGACAUCAUAAGGGUUUCGAAGAAACAGGAGUCGCCUAAAAGGGUAGUGCAAGAUCCUGACACGAUAAGGGUGACGAAGGGUCAGGACUCUCCAUCAAAGAGGUUGAGGCAAGAAGCCGAGCCGUUGAAAAGGGCGAAGGGUGUGGGGGAUUCCCCGCGGUUGACUCAGGCCACGCAGAGUCGACCUGAUCAUCAUAAAAGCAGUCCUAACGUUGCUUCAAGACACAAACCUGGAUCGCCAAGCAAGCGUGACGAUCGCAAAUCAGCAACAUACACCAGAAUGGACUCCAAACGCCAAGAGUCCACCGAAAGGAAAAUGUACACCGCCAGCUCCGAGUCGGAACUCUUCGAGUGCGCCAUCCUCCCCAUCUUCCACAAACUACUGACAGAGAGGCACAAGAGUCAACCCCACGGACUUAACCUUAGCUAUGGGGUCAGUUGCCCGAACAUUUCUAUCAAAUGUGAUAUAGUGGAAUAUUUAUAAGGUACGGUCCUAAUGUCAGGAUAUAAUAAGAGGGUAGUUCGAUCAAAUUUGUUCUUAUAUUAUUGAGGGCAGAGGUAAGGAGAACUAUUCGUAUGUGUGUAUGGAUGAUGUAUAGUGAAAUAUUAAAUUAAAUUGCCGCUAGUCUAAGAAAGUGUAAGGCCCCUCGCCCACGGCGACUUUUUGUAGCGAUGCAGUCGCGAUGCUGUUGCACGUAGCAUCGAUACAGACGCGAAGUUGUCGCUAGCUGUCGACCAGAUUCAGUUGCAAUGCAAACGCGAUGCACUGAUGCCAGUUCCCACUCACGCACCGCGCCACACUCCCUCCGAUUCGGUGGUCGCGCGUUUUAUCGAUACAAUCGCGAUGCAGUUGCGCGUUAGUAACGCUUUGCGACUAACACGCGUUAGAAGAGAUGCUGUCGCGCAUUUGCAGAACGCGUGACUGUAUCGCUACAAAAAGUCGCUGUAGGUAUUUAGUUUAAUUUUUAUUUAAUCUAAUAUUGGCCAUUUUGAAUUUAUCGUUUGCGAGUGCAAGCAACUAAUGAUGAUUAUUUUAUACUGUAGGUAGAUAUGUUACGUGCCUACAAAAUGAUUAAGUGAUUUUAAACGGACGUAACAUAUCUAUGACAUAAAAUAUCGUUGAGUGCAAGUAAAAAAAUUUUUUAGUUAAAUCCCACACUCGAGACUUUUAAUCUUUAUCUCUACCCUCAAUUUUAAAUACCGUAAACUUUUAAAGAUAGUUCAAACAUAAAGGUUGUCUGUUAUUUUAGAAAUCAAAACCGUAUUAUGUGUUCCAUAGAAAUAUUCUUAAAAUUUUAAAAUGUAAAUAAAUAGUUAUCGUGGGCGUGGGUCAAUUAUUAUUUAUUAAACCAACUAUAGACAUUUUACUUUUAUAUACUGUUUUCGGGUUUAUGCUGUAACAUUUUUAAGACAUUAUGUUUUGAGAAAUUUAAUUAUUAUCUUAAUAAAGGUAAAUUACAGCGUGUGUGAUUUCAUGUCGUUUAUGACUUACUUCACACAUAAAAAGAUCUAGGAAACUACAUUUUCUCUAAGUACAUAGACAUUUUAUAGAUAGGAACUUCCAACAAAUUGCAACUACAUUUUAAAACUGUCGAGUAGAUAUAAAAAUACCACAGUUUUAUAAUAACCUUUUAUUGUUUUAUUUGUAGUCCCUUGAUAUUUUAUUUAAUUUUUCAUUGGCAUAAAUUAUUAUGCCUCAGUCUUUAAAAAAGCCAUAUCGAAAUUACAUAGAAAAUAUUGUGUUCUAAAUUAUAUUAAAAUUUGUUCUAUACAAAUUUCAUCUAAGUACCUACACGUAGGUAUAUAUUAGGAUAAUAUUAUGAUGUUUUUAUUCGUAGGUAAUUCUUGGUAGGUUUCCUAAUAAUUUAAGUUACCGAUAAUAUUAAAUUAAAUUAUUAGUACCUAUAUAAAACAGAUCUCAAAUUUUUAGAUAGUUAGGUGACCAUGAGCACACAAUAUUUAUUUUAUUUUAAUUACUGACAUAUGUAUAAGUUUAAGUUAAGUUAAGUUUAAGACUUUAUUGUGAUAUUUAUUAUUGUUGAUGUUGUUAUUUAAAAUUUUAGGGAAACAAUAGAUAAAUGUUGGAUAAAACUUUUUAGAUGAUUACAAAAUGAGAGCUAAUUUGCUACUCAUUGCGCAGAUGUUACUAAAUUAGGUAAAUAUAUAUAUAUAUUAUAAUUUUUAAUUAUCGCAUCUCUCAUUAGAAUUUAAUUUAAUAUAAAAUAUCUUUACCACUCUCAAUGAAGAAAAAACUAAUUAGCUCUCAUUAUAAGUGUUUUCAUUUAGUUAUUGUACUCGUAUCUCAACUGUUCGCACGUGCUAAAGACUUAAUAGAAAAUAUCUUACUUAUUAAUUUAAGAAAGUACAUAAUAAAAUAUUUGAAUACAA